CUUCCGGCGGAAGUAAACAAAAAAAGCGCUAGCAGCUUUUAGCGUCCUGGGACUGUGAGCUGUUUGCUGUAAACUGAAUAUUUCAGCGUCUGCAGCAACAAUAUCUUCGCUUCAUCACCAGAGAGCGACUAACUGCUGAAUAAAUAUUCAGAACCAUCGUCCAGGAGGAGGAAGAGACCGAGCAUCAGCUCAGACUGCUGGAUAGCAGCUGGAGAACCCGAACCGGGUCAGAACCUCCAGGUAUAUCAGAAAUCAUGGCGUGAGUUCACUGUGGCUGCUAACCUAAAGAUCAUGUUAUCGCCUAAUCUCAUUAGGAUUUGUCUUUCGGAUGUUUACAGAAAAGAUGUCACACCAGCAGGUCUUCCUAAACAUCAUGUCUGUCACUACUUGGAAGGUUCUUGAUGGUCACCUUCUCAUACAUGCAGACAAGACUUCCAUUGUGGGUCAAAAUAUAUCAGACAUUAUAGGAAUAAAGGAAAAACAAAAGGAACCAGAACAACAGCUGAAGAUGGAGACAAAAGAGGAGCUACAACCGGUACAGAUUAAAGAAGAAAAUGACCGCCUCAGCUAUAAUCAGGAUGAAGGGCAGGUUUUGGUACAGCAGGAGAACAACACCUGUGUCGUGACUCCUACCUAUGAGCGAAUAUUCCACAAUGAACCAGAACUGCAGCAGAUGAUGGAGGCAAAGGAGGAACAAGAGCCUGUACAGAUUAAAAAGGAACAAGAGGAUCUUUGCAGUAGUCAAGAUAAGGUUGUAAUGAAGCAGGAGACUGAAACCUUUUUAGUCAGUCGUACUUGUGAGCAAAACAACAAUAGUGAAGCAGAACCAGACAAGAACCAACUCUUCUCAGCAAAAAGACAUAAAACUGAUUUGACCUGUUGUGAGGUUUGUGGUAAAUCCUUUCGUCAUCACAGUUCUUUAACUGCUCACAUGAGAAUCCACACAUGUGAAAACCUAUUUUCAUGCCUGACUUGUGGAAAAGAUUUCACCAGCCAAUAUGCCUUGACUGUUCACACAAGAGCGCACACGGGCGAGAGGCCUUUUUCAUGUCAGACCUGUGGAAAGGAUUUUAUCAGCCAGUAUGUCUUGACUAUGCACACGAGAACUCACACAGGCGAGAAGCCAUUUUCAUGUCUGACUUGUGGAAAAGAUUUUACCAGCCAGUCUACGUUGACUGUGCACAUGCGAACUCAUACAGGCGAGAAGCCUUUCCGAUGUCUGGCGUGUGGUAAAGGUUUCAUCCAGAAAACCACUUUGACCUACCACAUGAGAACUCACUCAGGGGAAAAACCUUAUUCAUGUGAAAUGUGUGAUAAGUCUUUCAGACAGAGAAGUGAUUUGGCAUGUCACCUUAGAACGCACACAGGGGAGAAACCGUACCAUUGUGACAUGUGUGAGAAAUAUUUCAGACAGAGCAGCGAUUUUGCUCGUCACAUGAGAACUCACACACGUGAAAAACUUUUCUUCUGCCUGACUUGUGGAAAAGGUUUUAACAAACAAUAUAGAUUGACUCGUCACCUGAGAAUGCACAGAGGUGAUGAGUAGUACACUAGGCACUUGUGUGAUGAAUCUUUCAGAUGAAGUAAUGAUAUAAUUUAUAAGAUGAAGAGACCAUAUAGUUUUGAAAGGUGUAAUAAUUUGACCCAUCAGCUGAUGUGUGGUAAAACCUUUACUUUAUCUUUACUUACCACUUCCUAAAAGAAAAGAAAGAAGAACUCAGAUUGGGUUUAGAUUUAGAAAUCUGAAUAAUUACUUUGUGACAACUCCACAGCGAUUAAGCAGGUGUUUGGUAACACAAUAGGGUACACAAAAUUUGAUUAACUACUAGGGGACACCUUGGGAACUAAUCAUGUACUAAUGGUUAGUUAACCUGUACUUACUAGUGACCACAUAGCUCAGCCUUAUUAGGGGCCUACUGGUUAGUUCCCUGGGGAUAAAAAGUUGAGGAAAGUCAUUAUUCAGGCAGGAAGUGAGGCAUGGGUGCUGCUAACCCAUGACAGGAGCACAACAUUAUAGAAAAAGUGGAGCAGCAAUCUUCUUUGAUCCUGCAGUGUUGCAGCAAUCACAAAGCUGCAGCAACUGCAAUAACGGCUUGUUUCUGUUAUCGGAAUUUCUGGUAUAAAAUCGUCCAUGAAUUUUUGAUAUUGUGAAUCCAGUGCUCCGUCAAGGGAACUUCUAGUCGGGGCGGGUGUGUUUUAAAGAAAUCGAAUGGGAGCGUGAACAGCCGAAUGCAUCCAUUGUGUUUUGGCCUUUCUACUCAUUUCUGAAUCAGCAACCACCUCUUUUAGUCAGUGUAAAAUGAUAGUUUCAAACAUGUUUUUUUCUCCCAUGGCACUUAAUUUAAUUGUUGGGGGAAAGUGCUAUUUUUUGGUGUAGUAAAUUUACAUAAUUGUCGUAUUUGUGUGUUUAAUCAAUGAAAAGUUGUAUUAUUGGCAGUUUUAUGUUAAAGAAAAGGUGAGAAAAAGUGUCAUUUAUGCUUUAUUUUUGUUUAAUUAAUGGGUGGUUCAUUUUGUCAUCGGAGAAAAAAACCAAUUGUCAUUGCAAUGGUUAAACAUUUAAAAGAAUACUGAGUAGAUUGAUCAGCAUGUUGUUUUUGUCCAAAUAAAUGUUUGUUUGUUUGUUUAAUUAAAGAGUCAAUUCUUAAUAUU